UCAACAUCUCCAAAGUGACACAAGGGAAUGCAGCAAAUGUGCAGUUUGUAGAUAAUAAUAAUAAUAAUAAGAAGAAGAAGAAGAAGAAGAAGAAGAAGAAGAAGAAGAAGACGAAGAAGAAGAAGAGAAGAAGAAGAAGAAGAAGAAGAAGAGAAGAAGAAGAAGAAGAAGAAGAAGAAGAAGAAGAAGAAGAAGAAGAAACAUAUUGUUAAAAUGAGAGCUGUGUGUAUAUGGUUAUGUGUGGUGUUUUGGAUGGGCAGCCCUGACAGAGCAGCAGCAGCAGUGGGACACAGACUCAACGACUCCUCACUUCUGGAAGAGGGGACAUUUUCUUACCCGGGUCACUUACUUAACGUUUCGGGGCAAUUGGAUAACCGGACGUCUAGAUUAUUCCUCCUGGACAUCGACGAGGGGAUGCUGGAGGACUGGCGCUCUCUGGCCAGCAGGAAGCGCCGCGGCGGGGAGUCGCAGGACGGGAGAAUCAAGGCGCUGCUGGUGGCCGCAUACUCUCUGAUCAUUGUGAUCUCUCUGUUCGGGAACACUCUCGUGUGCCAUGUGGUGGUGAAAAACAAGCGCACCCUGUCCGCUACCAGCUUGUUUAUUAUGAACCUCGCUGUGGCUGAUAUCUUCAUCACUGUCCUAAAUACGCCCUUCACCCUGGUCCGGUUCGUGAACAGCACCUGGGUGUUUGGAAGGACAAUGUGUCACAUCAGUCGCUUUGUACAGUACUGCUCCCUACACGUCUCCACGCUCACACUCACCGCCAUCGCACUGGACCGUCGGCAGGUGAUUUUGCACCCUUUGAGACCUCGCAUGUCCCCGGCACAAGGCGGUGUUUGGAUCGCUGUUAUGUGGAUAAUGGCCAGCUGCUUCUCCCUCCCUCAUGCGAUCUACCAAAAACUCCUGACUUUUACAUACAGUAAGGAGAAGGAGCGCAGCCUGUGUGUCCCAGACUUUCCAGAGCCAUCAGAGGUCUACUGGCAGUAUAUUGACCUCCUGACCUUCAUAUUGCUUUACAUGCUACCACUCCUCAUCAUCACCACUUCCUACACCACAGUGGCCUGUCGCCUGUGGCGCCACAACGCCAUCGGUGACACCACAACAGCUCAGCAUGCUGCCCAGAGAAGAAAGCGGCGGCGGACGCUGGCCAUGUUGCUCCUGGUGGUCGGGGUGUUUGCCGUCUGCUGGUUCCCACUUAACUGCUAUGUGGUGCUGCUCUCCAGCCAGGCCAUCCAAUCCUCUAACGCCCUGUACUUCUGCUUUCACUGGCUGGCUAUGAGCUCCACCUGCUACAACCCUUUCAUCUACUGCUGUCUGAAUCCUACCUUCCGCCAGGAGCUGAGGCUCCUCUUCAACAUGUGCAGGAGGAAACGGCGGGCGGUGGUCGGGUUGGAACCAGCGCUCCGCCCGGUAGCUGCUCCUUGUCACAGGACUGCCUGGCCCGACAACCACCAGUCCUCGAGACCCGGGUGUGACCCGGGCCAUGCCUCCUCCCAGCAGAGUCAACCCUCCUCCAGUCAGUCCCACAACCUUAAAGAUACACAUGUGCUCUUCACCGCCAGGCAGGUCCACAUAGGAAGAACUGACAUCCUCUCUGUGGAGCCCAUCGUGGUUGUGAGCUGACUGGAAACAACUGCCACAAUGUGAUGGGAUUGUGGUGUUUGACAUUCUUAAUCCUAUUUUAGGAUUCAUCUCGUUCCAAAGAGGACAGGAAAACUGAAAAUCUCAGAGAUGUAUAGCUGGGCCUACACAGGAUUUUAAUGUAAGAUGACACGACUUUUCUGAAGGCUUUAAAUUGAAGGCUUUAAAUUGAAGGCUUUAAAUUGAAGAUGUAUUGUGUUUGUCAAUCAUGUUGUCACCACACAGGUUUCACUCAAUUUAUUCCUCAGCCCUUUAAAAAACUAGCACAAUCUUUUACACAAGGAUGCUUGUCUGUGAAGAUUCUUGGAAACAGCAGCUACUAAGCAAUCUCACCACAAGGUCCAGUUGGUAGAUGUUCUGGAGCUUUUGACCAUUUUUUAGAUAUAGUAUUUAUACGGUUGCAGCAUUGACAUUAUAAUGAUACAUCUGAUAUACAUGCAAAGGAUGUAAUGUGAUGCUAACUGGGCUCCUUCACAUACAUACAACUCCUUUUACUGCAAUUUCCUUAACAUUAUAUUCUUAUACAAGAAGAGACUCAACUGUCCAACAUGUCUUGUGAAAUAUAAGACAUUGAUAUUGAUGUUCUGAUGUAGCUGUCAGGUCUGUCUCUGUCUUUCCUUUCAGCAGCCUUCACUGGCGGGAUAGAAACGAUGUUUGUCAUCUCCCAAAAUCUGAAAUUGUGAAAAAAAUGUAUCACUCAAAUGUGACAGGAUCUGCUUUUAAAAUAUGUUUGCCUUAACUAUUUUUGUUUGCUAUUCUGCUUACAAAAACAGAAUCUUCAGUGAGCAUGCUGAGAAUAAAAUAUUGUACACGUUUAUUUUCAGGCCACUUCAAAUCCAACCAGCUUUUCUUCCUUUUUUAUAUUUCUCAUUCAUUCACAUUCAGCCAGGGGGGUUAUAAAGUUUGCACAGGGAGAGAAAACUCACAAACAAAAUGUUACAGCAGUCUACCUGACCUCACAGUAUAACUUUGCACCAUAGCCAGUAUGGUCUCUUAGCUACUAUAAAAGAACCUUUUCGCUAUGGGACUUUGGACCGUCUGAAAGGAAAAAGUUGAUAAUCGUGAGAGAAAUGGAGAGACAGCCUGCCGCUAAAUUCUGAGUUCUCACAAUGUGACUGCUGCAACGACCAAAGCCUACAAAUCGCCUGAAGAUGCAGAAUAAAUAUGGUUCACUUUGUUAAAGGCUUGCUAAAAGCAAAGCUUGCAGGUGCAUUGCACUGUGCAUUUUGUGAUUGAACAUCAGAGCGUGCUUGCAGUUCAUUUAACGUUGCUUAAGUGGACAAGGUGAUUUCAGGAAAGCAGGAAGAUUUUCCAGUUCAGUUGUUUUUCACCUCAUACUACUACUAAUAAGAUGCGCUGUAUUGUUGUACCUACUUAAAGUAAAAAGAAAUAGUAUGUGAUUUGGAACGCAGCCCCUGGUUCCACACAUCUAUGCUAUUCAUAAUCUGUUUCCUCUGGUGCAACAACAACUUUGGUCCAUGUUUAGCAAAUGAAAAACUUAGUAAGCACAGUUGGCAACCCCUCCAGAUUUCCCCUCAACCCGUGUCUCGUGCUCUCAUUGGAUGUAGCUCUCUAGUCUCACUAUUGUUGGGAACUGGAAAUACUUUAAGUGAGUGGAAAAUCAACCAUUGUUACACUUUUCACUUUUUUCAUGUCUUCACAGGCCUGAUUCACGCUGACACCCUUUGAUUAGUGUGAAUUGCAAAGUGGAAUAAAUUUAAAAAAAAACGUGCAGAAAUUGAAUUGAAAAAAACACCCUUUUGAAAACCGUCGUUAAAUGUGUGAGAAUAUUAAAUCCAAUGAAAUUUUUUUAUACUGCAUUGCUGCGUGGCUUUCAGAACACCUGGAGUAAAAGAGAACUAAAGCAUUGCUGAGAAGAACAUGCACAUUUUUUAUCAAAAAUCAUAAUGGUUCAUUAAAAACAGUGUCUUUAUGCUCAUUUAGUGCAUUCAUUGUAGCAGAACAACAUUGAAAAGUAAAAAGUAAAGUAAAGUAACGUUAAACAACACAGAUGUUUUGGUCUUAUGACUAUCACAGUUGAAAAUAAAUCAUUUUGUGGUUGAAAAAUAUGUGUUAUAUAUUUCCAGUUUUUAAGGGUUUGUCAUUACUGUGUACCAGCUUUGUAAAAAUAAAAUGGAAUAGGAGACUUCAGUCUUUCUCUCAGGCUUUUCACAAUCCUGCCUAAAAUGCACAGCUAAAAACAUGAAUGGCAGUGUAAGAUGCUGAAAAUAUAUUGUUGUGCUGUGUUUCUUGUAAAAACAAAAAAAGUCUAUGUCUAAGAAAGUGAGAACAGUAAAAUGUGUGUACAUGUGCACAGUUAUGUAAAACAAAAACAUUUUCUCUUUGAUUAAUGAAUCAGUAGUUUUAUUUUUGGUUUGUUGGUUGGCUUAUGGUCAACAGAGGAAAUGAUCAAUAUGGCAAAAUAAAUUAUUUGCAACUUUAUGUCUCCUCCUGUAGUUUUACAGAGUGAAUUGUUAUAUGUGAGUAACAUUAUGUGUUUUUAUAUGUCUGUCUUUGUCUUUAAGUGUCUGCUCUUUGUCUUUGUAAAUGUUUGACACUGUCAUGACUGGAUUUGUGUU